AUGUCAUCUGCGUACAUUAAAUUGCGGCCAAACGUCGACCCGCCCUUCUGUCCAGGCCGAUGUAAGACGUCUGACCUCAACGCCUGUCUGCUCAACGGACACAAGUGUUCCAGGCAGCAGUACUGUCACGUGACCAAAGACGUUUAUGGAGACGUCUUCGCCAGCGUGUCUGUAGUGUCCAGUGGGCACGUGGACGUUCUGUCCCUUCUGAAGCCAAACGUCGACCCGCCCUUCUGUCCAGGCCGAUGUAAGACGUCUGACCUCAACGCCUGUCUGCUCAACGGACACAAGUGUUCCAGGCAGCAGUACUGUCACGUGACCAAAGACGUUUAUGGAGACGUCUUCGGUGUCUGUAAAUCCAACCUGCUUCACACCAAAUGCAUCAACGACAUGAUGUCCGCACCGUGCGGAGCCCACCAGCACCGUAUCUCGUGCGUUCAGUCGUGCUGUGCCUCCGACAAGUGUCUCCAGAACCACGGGUUUGGCGCAACCACCACCACACAGAUCCCGCGUACCACCACCCCGACAGGUUUAAGACGAGCUGCAAGGACCAGCUGGAGGCCGGAGUGUGCUCUGUUCUGAAGACGGCCGAGGACGUGUGCCACAAGGAGCUGUCUGUUGACCUCUGCCCGGAGACGUGCGGCAUCUGCCAGGUCAUCACGGACGCCAACUGCCACGACACCGUGCUCAACAACGGCUGCCACGACAUGUACGUGAGUAAAGGCAUCUGUGGCGACCCCCUGGCCAAGUACACGUGCCCCGCCUCAUGCGGCAUGUGCGACUCGGUGGUGAGCAAACUGAUCCAGGAUCUCAUCGAGGGGAAGAACACGCCCCCACCGCAACCGGCUACGACAACAGCAGCAGCAACGACGACAGCGUUGUCGUGCAGUAGUCUCGCUGGUAUGCCUUGUGAUCAGUUACUGCCCAUUUGUACAGAUGGCGAUAUGGGAGAUCAGUGUCCCAACGAAUGUGGGCCGUGUUUUUAAACUCCCUGAGGAUGGCCUUUUCGUAAGUUAGGCACUUUAAAAAAAGAAGCUGAGGACAUACAUUUCUGGUCUCUUAACAACGAAUAAAAAGCGCACUGUUUUGAGCACUAAAAAAAA